AUGCUCGCUUCGGCGACGCAGCAGGCGGCGCUGCUGCAGCAGGCCCUGCCGCUCAUGCUGCCGGUCCGCCCAGACGUGCUGCGUGCGCGCCUAGGCGGCGCGCUGGACGGCUCGGAGGCGGGGCCGGAGUUUGACGGCCUGACAAGCGCAGGCCUGCCCGAGCAGCAAGCUCUG